UCACCGACUCUAGAGUUUUCAGUGUGGUAGUGUACUGUACUUUCACCUCCUUUGUUCCUUACCCAUUUUAAGCUUCAUCCUGCCAAGACCCAACAACACCCGCACAAACGUACAGCCGUUAAGCUUCCAUCUCCGAUGAACUCCAUCGCCUUGCAAGGCGUUAAUGUCUUCCAGCUUCGGCCGCACGUUCAUGUUCGCCGCAGAAACACCAAGGUUUUCAAACCCAACCUCGCAGACUUCGCAUGCCCUUCGCGACGAUUACACAUCCUCUGCCCGUGGAAAACCCCCGAUUUCGAGGUCAUUCGAUGCUCGAUGCUGGAAGGUAGAGUCCUGGAGCUUGAGGAUGCAGCUUUAUUAGUUUCGACUUGUAUUACUCGGAUAUUGCCUCCAACCUUGACACUGGACCAGGGGUUGGAGAAAAUUGAGGAAGCUAUUGCGGAACUGAAGGAAAACCCUCCUUCUAGCGCUUUUGGGCUGUUAAGAUUUCAGGUUGCAGUGCCACCUAGUCCGAAGUCAUUGAGCUGGUUUUGCUGUCAGCCAGAGACAUCUGCAGUGUUCCCAGUUUUUUUUCUUUCCAAGGAGAGGGAUCAUCAAAGAUAUAAAUCUCUUGCUUUGGGUAGAACCCAUGGUAUCUUUGGAAUUGGGUCUGCAAUCAUCUUUAAGGACCAAUCUUCAUCCACUGCAGGAAGAUUGAGUGAAAUGGGCAGAUAUGUGUACAUUGAUCCAAAACAAAUAGUGGCUUAUGGAAUUUUUGGUACUGGUUCUGAUAAAAAGUCAUCAUUCAUAAAGCAUGAGGCUGGUUCAGGUUACUUUUUUAUACCCCAGAUUACUCUAGAUGAGGUUGAAGGUACUUCGGUCUUGGCAGUGCAACUGGCAUGGAAUGAUGCCUCUAUAUGCACCCUUGAAGAGGCUCUUCGAGCCUAUGAUGUCUGUCUUCUCCAGGCCAAACAAACCUGUUUCAUUAAAUCAAGUGGAUGCAGCAGCAAAUACAUCAGCAGUACUCUUCGGAAAUUCAACAUGACAGAGGACAAGAAUAUUGAAAUGGUAUGCAUCAGUCCACUUGAGUUGGUUAGAUAUUCUCUUGGACCAUGCAAUUUUGAACUGGUAUCUCCUUUAUCCUGAAAGAGACUUCGUGCUGUUCCCGACAGUUCUUCAUGAGGCUUUCACCCUCAUUAACUAUUGCAAAUGACAUGAGUCACUACAAUAAUCUAAAUGAAGUUGAGUACCUAAUGCAAAAAUGUGACAACAUUAAUUUCUUGUGGGCAUCUCUUAUAAUUGAAGAAUGCAGCCGACUUGGCUUAAUGUAUUUUUGUAUAGCUCCAGGAUCGAGGUCAUCUCCCCUAGCAAUUGCCGCGUCUACUCAUCCAACUACAACAUGUAUUUCAUGCAUAGAUGAGCGCUCCCUUUCAUUUCAUGCUGUUGGUUAUGGCAAAGGUUCUCACAGACCAGCGGUUGUCAUAACAUCAUCUGGCACAGCAGUUUCAAAUCUUUAUCCUGCUAUUGUUGAGGCAAGUCAAGAAUUUGUCCCUCUCCUUGUACUUACUGCAGAUCGUCCUCCAGAGCUGCAAGAUGUUGGAGCAAACCAAGCCAUCAAUCAGGUCAAUCACUAUGGUCGAUUUGUAAGACACUUUUUUAGUUUCCCUACUCCAAGUGAUGAGGUUUCUGCAAGGAUGUUGCUUACAACAGUUGACUAUGCUGUUCAUAUCGCAACCUCUUCGCCAUGUGGUCCUGUCCAUAUCAAUUGCCCAUUUCGUGAACCACUAGAUAGUAGUCCAAAACCAUGGGAACGUAGUUGUUUAAGUGGGUUGAAUGUUUGGAUGUCAAUGGCUAAACCAUUUACUUACUACUUUCAAGUCCAACAUCCAUUUGAUUGCAGCUAUGUCGACAGCGAUAUGGCUGAGGUUUUGCAAGUGAUACAAAUGGCAAAAAAGGGCCUUUUAUUGCUUGGAGCUAUUCAUGGAGAGGAUGAUGUGUGGGCAGCUCUUCUACUAGCCAAACACCUUUCAUGGCCAGUUGUAGUUGACAUAUUGUCAGGUCUACGAUUGAGGAAGUAUAUUGAUCAUAUUUCUGAAAUUGACAAUGAAGUCUUGUUCAUUGAUCAUCUAGACCAUUUGCUCCUCUCAGAUUCAGUCAAAGACUUCAUGCAAGCUGAUGUCAUAAUUCAGAUUGGAAGUCGUAUUACAAGUAAGCGCAUCUCAGAAAUGCUAGAGAGUUGCUUUCCAUGCUCAUAUAUUAUGGUUGACAAACAACAAAGUCGCCACGAUCCUAUGCAUAUUGUGACACAUAGAGUUCAGAAUAUUAUUCAUUUCAGUAACUAUAUACUCAAAGCUUUUGUACCACAUACUGGCAAUCAAUGGAGACGCUUUCUGCAAACACUGAAUACCAUGGCUGACUGGGAGAUAUCCUUACAAAUCACUUCUGAGAACUCUCUGACUGAACCUUAUGUUGCACACACCAUUCUGGAUGCUAUUUGCUGUGAAUCUGCUAUCUUCUUUGGAAACAGCAUGCCGAUUCGUGAUGCUGACAUGUAUGCACGGAAUACACCAGAAAAUUACCAUAAUUUGGCUAUCAAGUUGGGCUCAAGAUCAUGUCACUACAUACAAGUUGGUUCUAAUAGAGGAGCUAGUGGUAUUGAUGGCUUGCUAAGCACGGCCAUUGGUUAUGCUGUUGGCUGCAACAAAAGAGUAAUUUCUGUACUUGGAGAUGUUUCUUUUCUGCAUGACACAAAUGGAUUGUCCUUGUUGAGAAAACAGAUUCCACGAAAACCAAUGACAAUACUGGUCAUAAACAACCAUGGUGGUGCAAUCUUCAGUCUUCUCCCUGUGGCAGCUAAUACAGAAAGAAACAUUUUAGACCAGUACUUUUACACAUGUCAUGAUGUUUCGGUGCAGAACCUAUGUGUGGCACAUGGUGUGAAGCAUGUUAGAGUAAGUACAAAGAUGGACCUAAGAGAUGCUUUAUUGACAUCUAAAUCACAAAAUGUAGAUUGUGUCAUAGAAGUUAAUAGCUCCAUUGAGGACAAUGCACACUUUCAUAGUACUUUGAGAAAAUUUACAAGGCAAGCAAUGAAUCAUGCUAUGGAUAGCCUUUCAAGGAUUUCAAUUCCAGAUUCGAUAUUUAAUGGCUCUGUGCUCUACGAAGUUGGUAAAAUGGAAUAUUCACUUUACAGAGUUCAGCUGUGUUCGCCUCCUACUUCAGCUUCAGCCAACAACAAAUCUUCUGCCUUCUUCCGAGAAGGCUUUAUAAUAAGUUUGUCACUUACUGAUGGUAGCAUUGGCUUUGGAGAGGUUGCACCUCUAGAGAUUCACAAAGAAAACCUGUUUGAUGUUGAAGAGCAACUCCUAUUCCUCACUCACACUAUAGGAGGCGUAACAAUCAAACAAUUUCUUCCUUUGUUGAAUGGUUUAUUCUCAUCUUGGUUGUGGCAUAAUUUAGGAAUUCCGACCGGUUCAAUCUUUCCUAGCGUCCGAUGUGGCCUGGAAAUGGCUGUCCUCAAUGCUAUUGCAGCUAGUGAAGGUUCAAGCUUGUUGAAUAUAUUAUGUCCUCAAACAGUGGAGUUUCCUGGGAGCUCAUUAUUAGAUGUCAGAAUUUGUGCACUUCUUGAUUCUAAUGCCCCCCCUGAAGAGAUUGCUAGUAUAGCAGCUGAUCUUGUUAACGAGGGGUUUGCAGCUUUAAAGCUAAAGGAAAGAUUAUUUAUCUAUCUAUUUAUUUAUUUCUUUUAUUGCCAUAGCAAGGUGAUUGUUACACUUCUUCAACAGAGGAAAUGAGCACAACCUGAAAAUUGUGUUGCACGACAUCAUGACCCCAAUUAUGACGCAGCAGUUAUACAAGAGAUAAGAAAGAAAGUAGGCGAGGAAGUUGAAAUUCGGGCUGAUGCGAACAGGAAUUGGUCCUAUGAAGAAGCCAUUCAAUUUGCCCAUUCUGUAAAGAAUUGUUGUCUGCAGUACAUUGAGGAACCUGUUGAAAAUGAAGAUGAUAUUAUCAGGUUUUAUGAAGCAACUGGCUUACCUGUGGCACUUGAUGAAACCAUCAACACUGAUGGAGAAAAUCAGUUUGAAUUGCUCUCAAAGUACACACAUCCUGGGAUAGUUGCAUUUGUUAUCAAGCCAAGUGUAAUUGGUGGCUUUGAAAAUGCAGAAUUGGUUGCCCGAUGGGCUCAGCUGUUGGGGAAGAAUGCUGUUAUCAGUGCCACAUAUGAAACUUCAUUGGGCUUAUCAGCUUAUGUUCAACUCUCAUAUUUUAUUGACCUACAAAACCAAGAUAUACUCCGGAUAACUAAUAAGGAAGUGAGGCCGUCAAUUGCCCAUGGCCUUGGAACUUACAAAUGGUUCAAGGAAGAUGUGAGCACACAGAAAUUAGUAACCCGCCGUAAUUCAACCAAUGGCUUUAUGGGGUCACCUAUUGCUGAUGCAGAUAGACUCCUGAAGGAGUUUCAGUUCAAUAAGAGUGCACUUGUUCGGGAUUCUGCUCAUGUUGAAGUUCAAACAUAUCAGCAGAAAAUUUAUCUAGACUGUGUCUCCAUCUCUAUUAAUGUCCAUGAGAUUGGGGAAAGUGAAAAUGAUACUGUUCUAGUUUUUCUGCAUGGUUUCCUUGGAACUGGUGAAGAUUGGAUCCCAUUCAUGAAAGCCUUGUCGGGCUCUGCCAGAUGCAUCUCAAUUGACCUCCCGGGCCACGGGACCUCACAUUUUGCAGAUUGGGUUGGUGAUGAUGCUAUGGCUGAAUCAACUUUUUCAAUUGAAGCCAUUGCGGCAAUAUUGUGCAAUUUGUUUGACUAUUUACAUCUCAAGAAAGUGAUCCUUGUUGGGUACUCCAUGGGAGCCAGGAUUGCAUUAUACAUGUCACUAAGAUGCAGCGCAAUGAUUGAAGCAGCUGUCAUAGUCUCUGGAAGUCCUGGAUUGACAGAUUUAGCUGAACGAAAAAUGCGUAGGGCUAAGGAUGAUUUUACUGCAUCUUUCCUGGUUUCUUCAGGCCUGGAAUCUUUUCUGGACAUUUGGUAUGCUGGUGACCUCUGGAAUAGUUUAAGAUGUCAUCCACAUUUCAAGAAAAUAGUUUCCAGCCGAUUGGGACAUGCUGAUCUGAAAACUCUUGCCAGGGUUCUAUCUGACUUGAGCAUUGGCAGGCAGCCAUCAUUGUGGGAUGACCUGAAGCGCUGCGAACUACCACUUUUGUUCAUUGUUGGAGAAAGAGAUGCUAAGUUCAAGGCCAUUGCCCAAAAGAUGCAUGACACAAUCACCAAUCAAAAUGCAAGUGGCGUGAAUUGGCCUGAAAUAGUUGAAAUUCCUUAUUGUGGGCAUGCUGCACAUCUUGAGAACCCUCUGCCUGUUAUCAGUGCAAUAAGCCGUUUUUUGAGAAAGUUGAAGAACUAAAAAAGAAACAGAUAAAUCCAACUUCGACCUACCCAAAUCGUUCACGAAUUCUGGUAAUACAAUACAGAGUAAUAGGGACGAGAGAAGCUUCAUUAUGUUUUUGUUCAUAUUUUAAUGUAGUUUCACUUUCACUUGACUUCUCACCGUAUUCAUGGAAACACUUCGUUGUGAAAUACUGAAAUGAACAUGUGUUGCAUUACAGAUGAACGUAAGAUUGUGAAAUAGUGAUGUUAUAUGUAGUUUAGUUUGUACGUUGGAUA